AUGCGUGUUUAUCAAACGGUACCAGCCGUGCUCUUCAUCACGACCCUCGCUGUAGUUCGUGCUACAACGGAUACGAGUAGUUCCGCUGGGCUCAACUUUCGACCUGACAAUGUGACCUUGAGCGACCUUUACCGUUGGGUUGGAUCGUACUACAAUGGAACCACAUAUUUUGAAUUUUCUGCAUAUUCUGGAUUGGCAGCUUCUGAAACGGAAUAUUGUCCUGAUCUUCGCAAUGAAACGAUCACUACAAAUUAUACAACGUUGCUAGCGCUCACAGAGUCAGCCUCAUACAACAACCUCGAAGAUGACCCAGUAAAUGCCUUUUUGACUCUUUGGCCCCCUGGGUUCGACUUCACUUCUGUUCCUUCCGGGAAGUUGAUUCAAGAGAUGAUACCCUCUCUCAAAUACGCACUAUUUUCGUCCAACCCUGUCUAUAACAAUCUCUCCUUAGACGGUGAAAAUAAUUUCAUCUGGUCCCUUGAGAAAGCUAAGGCCCCGCCCUAUAAUCUCUCAAGUACAAUAGGUGAUUAUGGGGGUUUCAAUUUCUGGGAGGUCAACAGCACAACAGACUGCGGUGAAACCAAAGUUCUCAGCUGGUCAUUCGCUCCCAUCUCGUUCAAUACUACUUUCAACGGGACCAUGUUCACAAACCCAGUUGUGAAUCUUCAAUUUGAUCCUACAACUGCAAACCUAUCGAUGCAGGGAUACUUUGCGGCGAGCGCUCUCUCGACAACGGGGCCGGGUUUUCCUCUCGAUGCAGAGACCGAGAUGACACUUGUGGGUAAGUUCGUUAUGAACUUUUCAGGUGUCAUCGAUAGCUAUCAUUCUGAUAUUUUGCGGAAUGAUACCGAGACUCCGACCUGGCUUCGCACUGUUGGCUAUCAGAAUAACUCCUUGAAUGUUGGCUAUACAACUACGUCAGAGGGUAUUCAACUAUUAGCAGAAAAGAUGUCUACUCUGCUCUAA